UUUUAAACCAGGGUCUAGGUGGAGUUCCCCUCUCUGGUCUGGUCCACUUCCUCUGAGAACUCAUCCACGAACAGGUUUCAAAACCAACCAGACCACGUUGGCGAUGGAUCAACAGAAGUAUCGUAACGCUGGAGUCCAGGAAAAGCUGGAAAUCGUUGGAGUGGAGGAUGAGGCCGGGAACCCCAUCAGCGCCCUCACCAUCCUGUCCCUGCUGGAACGGGUGGCAGGAAUCAUCGACAACGUCCAGUCGGGGCAGCAGCGCAUGGAGGAGCGUCAGCUGGAGCUGGAGAACAGCAUCAAGAACGUCCAGGGCGACGUCCUGAAGCUGGCCAAGGACCACAGUGACACCAGUGGGACGGUGGAGAAACUGCUUCAGAAGACGCGGAAGGUCAGCGCUAACGUGAAGGAGGUCCGGACCAGAGUGGAGAAACAAAACGUACGGGUGAAGAAGGUGGAGUCCACGCAGGACGAGCUGCUGACCCGCAACAAGUUCAGGGUCAUCAUCUACCAGGGGGAGACAGAGAUCCCGUCUGUCGCUGUGACCAAGUCUCCCAAAGGCGUUGGUCUGGAGGGGGUGGAGAUCGAGCCGGACUCCUACGACCUCCCCGCCGACCUCUCCUCCGACGAGGAGUACUUGAGCGUGGAGGAGACCGAGUCCUCACGAGGCGCUCGCCUCAAGAAGUCCAUGGUGAAGAGCGGGGAGACGCUGAAGGCUACCUUCUCCAAGGAGAACAUGAGCAAGACCAAGGACAACAUCAGCAACAAGUUCCACAACCUCGGCGAGAAGGUCAUGCCCCCAGAGCGCCGCGAGAGGAUGCAGCAGGCCGGCGAGCGGCUGAAGGAGAACAUCGCCAAGAAGGCUCCCAACAAGGAGACGUUCCGCAUCAAGCUGAAGAAGGAGAGGGCUGUGGCCGAGGGCCAGGAGGGCGCCGAGGUCGAGGCCGAGGUCGAGGCCCAGGUCGAGGCCCAGCCUCACAUCCAGGUCCAGGCAAAGGCCGAAGAACCACAGGGAGUGGCCUACACCGAAGUGGGCCAGGAGGAGAACCGGGCCACCAGGAUAGGAUAGGAUGGUGAGAGGAGGUGACACUUGUUCAUGAUUGGUCCAGAACAAAGAGGGCGUUUGAGGAUGUGUCAAGAAAAGAGAAAGUGACGGAGAAACUUUGUUUUGUUUGUUUCUAAUUAAACAAAAAUAAUAAAACGCAAAAAGUGAAGAAGGUCCACGUCGGGAUGAAAAACAGGUCCAGUCCAAAUCAGCACAGACACACACACAGCUUCUGGUCUGGUGAUUCAGCUGUGGGAUGGUGGCCUUCACAUCUUCACCAGGUGCCACUGUUGGACCGACAGUGUCUGGGCUCCAGUCUGCCCCCUAGUGACACAGCUGAUUUCCACAGACCUUGUAGUUUUAACAAUAUUUUUCCUCCUUCACCAAAACUCACAGAGAAAACCAGUCAAACCAGCAGUCGUUGAUCCACUGAUCAACUCAGGUCACAACUGACCACCGGAGGCAGCGGUCUCUCCCUGGUUUUCUCCGUAGACUCUGGUGGAGGAGUGUUUGGAACCCACAGCUUCCUGUAACGGUGACCGUGAACAGAUCGAUCGGACACGGAAGACAAACUCUUUCCUUCUCUGAACAAACAGAAGUUUAAGUAAAAAAGUGAUUUUCACCACAUGACAUCACCACAUGACAUCACCACAUGACAUCACCACAUGACAUCACCACAGAAACGGCUGAAGCGCUCCGUCUGAGAGGUCAAAGGUCAAGGCUUUAGAACUUCAGGUUCAUUUUAGCUUCUGAUUAUUGAACAGGAGCUACAUGCUAACAGUCCACUCCACACAUUAACACCAUUUUGAGCUCGAUGUACAGUAUGUAGACAGCUAAGUGUUAGCAAUAGCUAAUGACAUAUAUCUAGUUAAUCAGUUUGUUAUGAGGAACUGAAAAACAGACGCCCGGUGACCACGGCUAUGAUGAGAUGAAAUGAGGGGGCGGAGCCUCAGCUGGACUCUGAGGAGUCGAACAUCAGACCGGUUUCUGAACAAAAACAAAAACACACACAGUUAACGUACGAUUUUCUUCACAGGUCACCUGGUCUGCUAAUGAGGCGUUAAAGAAAAUUUAGCUGAAAGUAGCCCUGCUGUUAGCCUAACCCUUUAUUUGCACUGCUGCUUCGUAGAAAAUAAAAGUUUGUUUUUUAACAUUUUUUGCUGCUUGAGUUUUUCUGCUUCCUUUAAUUAGCAUAGAUUAGCAUAGUUAGCAGCGCUAAAUGAUGAAUGUAGUUGUGUGUGAGUUAUAAAACAAUCUUAUAUUCUGACGUCAGGAGAGACUCUUAUUCUGACAUCUGUCCUGCGUUGACGACUUCCUGUAUUUGUGUUUUGUUUUGUGUUGCUGCUGAAAAAUAUAAUAUAAAUAAGAAAACUGAGAAUCGUGUCGGGGCUGAUCUGAGCGGCGUUGCUAACUUGCUAACUGACGAAUUCGGUAAAGCAAGCUAACGUUUUAAAAAUUGAAAUCAAACUACUGCUACAGUUGUUAGCAUAUUUUCAAGCGCAUGCUAACUGGACAAAAGGUUAUCAAAGUUCUUGCCAUCCUAAAAUGGAGUGGAAACUCACCUCCAGGGUGCGCUGUGGUUAGCCUCAGUGUUUGACUGAAAUACUAUGAUCAUAAACGUAGACAUUUCAAAGUUUAUUCGUUUUGUUGUUUGUCUUUCACUUUUCAUCAGCUGAAUGAAGACGUUUUGGUCUGUUUUUGUACAAAUAAAGUUUCCUAAAACCAGCGCAGCCGGUGGUUCAGAUGUUUUAGAUCAUCACCUGGACAUGCUGUGUGUUUCUAAGACUUGUCUGUCUGUGACAACAACAAUCAUAACAUUAAUAAUAACCAAUGAUUGUCAUUGGUCAUUGAAUGUGUCUUUGAAACAUUUUAAACAACCUAAAA